AAGGCGAUUGGAUACGAUCAUUCAGAUUCAUGCUGCUCGCCAUCCACGCCGAGACUUCACGCGCACAUCGGCAAGUUGGAGAUCUCAGAUCUGCAACACGAUCAACACGAUCAACACGAUGCGCGGCCAGGUCCUCCUCGCGCUGCUGCCGGCGCUCGGCGCCCACGGCAUCCGCAUCAUCCAGUCCAACGACGACGGCUGGGCCGAGCUGUACGCCAGGUCCUUCUUCAACGCCCUGACCGCCGCGGGCCACGACGUCGUGCUGUCUGCACCCGCUGAGAACAAGUCGGGAUCAAGCUCCCUCGACGCCGAACCCGCCCGCCGGAGCAGCGCAUGCCAAUACAACAGCUGCCCCGCCAACAGCGGGCCCAUCGGGCGCAACGAGUCCCUCCCACGCCUGAACUGGGUCAACUCGUACCCGGUCACAGCGAUGCGGUACGGGAUCGACACGAUCGCACCGCCCUUCUGGAACGGCGCCGCCCCGGAGCUGGCCGUGUCGGGGCCCAACGUGGGCAGCAACCUGUUCCUGGCCGUGCCCUUCUCGGGCACCGUCGGCGCGGCCGUGUACGCGGCGCACGACGCCGGCAUCCCCGCGCUCGCGUUCUCUGGUGCGUCGGACGGUACCUUGCCGUGGAAUACGUCUCCAGAGCCGCAGAGGAGUAAGGUUUAUGCGCAGCUGGCGGCGCGGCUGACUGAUGCGGUGGUGAAGAGUGGCAAGCCGUAUUUGCCGGAGGAUGUUUUUCUGAAUGUGAAUUUCCCCGAGGUGGCGGGGAGUUGCACGGAUGCGAGCAAGUUCAAGUUUGUGCUGAGCCGUAUUAAUAUCGGGAUUUUCUCGGAGAAGGAUGUCGAGUGGUGCGGUGAUGAUCGGCUGCCGACUGAGCAGUCGGUCAUUGAUGCCGACGGGUGCUAUGUUUCCGUCAGCGUGGGCGAUGCGAAUGACAAGACGACCGUGGCGGCGGAUAAGCAGGCUGUGGUGCUGAAUAAGUUAAAGAGUAUCCUGACUUGCUUAGCGUAGGGAAGGGGGAAGGCUGGGAGAGGAUGUCAGAGCCGAGAUAGUGUUGUGAUGAA